ACAAAUGUUUCUGAAGCAGCCGGGUGGCUGCAUCCUUCUCCAGUUCCUGGGUCUGCUUGGACUAGUUGGUGCAGUCACCAGAACAUACUACAUUGGGAUUGUGGAGGAAUACUGGAACUAUGUGCCUCAAGGGAAGGAUGUUAUUACCGGGAAGAGUUUCUCAGAAGACAAACUUGCGACCUUAUUUCUGGAGCGAGGGCCCAACAGGAUAGGUGGGAUCUACAAGAAGGCGGUUUAUAGACACUUCACAGAUGGGAGCUACUCCACGGAGAUUCCCAAACCCCCCUGGCUGGGGUUUCUGGGUCCCAUCCUGAGGGCAGAAGUGGGAGACGUGAUCGUUAUCCACCUGAUGAACUUUGCUUCCAGACCUUUCUCUUUGCACCCUCACGGUGUUUUCUACGACAAGGAUUCGGAAGGAGCCUUAUACCCAGAUGGGACAUCUGGAAGGAACAAGGAAGAUGACAUGGUCCCCCCUGGCAAAAACUACACCUAUGUCUGGCCAGUGAGAGAAGAAUAUGCACCUGCUCCAGCAGAUGCCAACUGCCUGACCUGGGUGUACCACUCACACAUUGAUGCCCCUAAGGAUAUCUGCUCUGGGCUAAUUGGCCCCCUGCUGGUGUGUAAGGAAGGUGUACUGAAUAGAUACUCAGGGAUGAGGACUGAUGUGGACCGAGAGUUUGUUAUCAUGUUCACUCUUGUGGAUGAGAACCAGAGCUGGUAUCUGGAUGACAACAUCAAGCAAUUCUGCACUAAUCCAAAUUCCGUUGACAAAAGUGAUGCUGUUUUCCAGAGGAGCAACAAGAUGCAUGCCCUCAAUGGAUUCCUUUUUGGAAACAUGCCUGAGCCUGAGAUGUGCGUUGGCGAAUCUGUGUCCUGGCACCUGUUUGGGAUGGGGAAUGAGAUAGACAUCCAUUCCAUCUAUUUUUAUGGUAACACCUUCAUCACCAGAGGGCACCGGGCAGAUGUUGUCAACCUGUUUCCAGCUACCUUCCUCACAACAGAAAUGAUAGUGGAGAAUCCUGGGAAAUGGAUGAUAACCUGCCAAGUCAGUGACCACCUGCAAGCUGGUAUGCUGGGACAGUACAGCGUGGGCAACUGCAGGGGUAAUGCUCCUCACCCAAAGGUGCAGGGUCAACAGCGGCGCUACUUCAUAGCGGCUGAAAAAGUCCUCUGGGAUUAUGGUCCCCAAGGCUAUGAUAAAUUCACUGGAUUUCCCCUGAAUACAUCUGGCAGUGACUCUGCAGUGUACUUCACACAAGCUGACAACAGAAUAGGAGGAAAAUAUUGGAAGGCUCGGUACACGGAGUAUGUUGAUGCCACUUUCAGUAGAAGAAAGAUGCCCUCUGAUUCAGAAGCCCAUCUUGGAAUCCUUGGUCCAGUCAUCAAAGCAGAGGUGGGUGACAUCCUGCUAGUGACCUUUGCCAACAAAGCUGACAAAGUCUACAGCAUCUUACCCCAUGGCGUGUUCUAUGACAAAGCAUCAGAUGCAGCUCCAAAUGUAGAUGGAUUUCUGAAACCAGGGGCUCACGUCAAGCCAGGUGAAACCUUCACCUACAGGUGGACAGUGCCAGAAAGCGUCAGCCCGACAGAUGAAGACCCCCCGUGCCUGACCUAUCUUUACUUCUCAGCGGUCCAGCCUAUCAAGGACACUAGUGCUGGGCUUGUGGGGCCUUUGUUGGUCUGCAAAAAGGGCACGCUCAAUGCCGAUGGGACACAGAAAGGAAUAGACAAGGAAUUUUACCUACUGUUCACAGUCUUUGAUGAGAAUUUCAGCAGCUAUCUUGAUGAAAACAUCAAAAAGUUUACUUGGCAUCCCUUCAGUGUUGACAAAGAAGACAAGGAGUUUGUGAAAUCCAAUCGGAUGCAUGCUGUUAACGGCUACAUGUACGGCAGCCAGCCAGGCCUGAGCAUGUGCAAGAAGGACAGAGUUUCCUGGCACUUGAUUGGAAUGGGCACCGACACAGAUAUGCAUGGAGUUUAUUUCCAAGGCAACACCAUCCACCUACGAGGGACUCAUCGUGACUCCCUGGCUCUGUUUCCCCAUAUGGCCACAACGGCAUACAUGCAGCCAGACCAUUCAGGUAUUUUCAAGGUGUUCUGUUCCACCUUACCCCACUUCACGAGAGGCAUGGGUCAGAUCUAUGAGAUCAGCAGCUGUGGCAACAGGGACCCUUCUGAGCCGCCCUACGGGAUGCUAAGAACCUUUUUCAUCGCCGCUGAAGAGGUAGAAUGGGAUUAUGCCCCUAACAAAAACUGGGAGUUCGAAAAGCAGCACUUGGACGCAGGAGGGGAAAGACAUGGAGAUAUAUUUAUGAACCACACUGAAAACUGGAUUGGCUCUCAGUACAGGAAGGUUGUUUAUAGGGAAUAUACAAAUGGAGAAUUUGUGGAGAUUAAAGCUCGGCCACCUCAAGAAGAGCACCUUCAACUCCUGGGACCAAUGAUUCAUGCUGAGGUGGGGGACUCCAUUCUCAUUAUCUUUAAGAACAAAGCCAGCCGGCCCUACUCCAUUGCAGCCCAAGGUGUGGAGGACUCAAACAAUGGAAAACUCCUUAAUGUGCCUGUCACAAAGCCAGGAGAAAUCAAAACUUACAGAUGGAAUGUCCCGAAGAGAUCCGGUCCUGGGCCCUCUGAUCCCAAUUGUAUUCCAUGGGUUUACUUUUCAACAGCAAAUUUUGUGAAGGAUACAUACAGUGGUUUGAUGGGGCCUCUGAUCACAUGUCGAGAGGGGGUGCUAAACGAAAAGGGAAGAAGAAGCGAUGUUGACUAUGAGUUUGCACUGUUGUUCCUGGUCUUCAAUGAGAAUGAGUCAUGGUAUCUGGAUGACAAUAUCAAGAAGUAUCUCAAUAAAGAUCCACGGGAUUUCAAGCACACAGACGACUUUGAAGAGAGCAACAAAAUGCAUGCCAUUAAUGGAAAGAUUUUUGGAAACCUCCCUGGUCUCAUAAUGACUGAAGACUCAAUGACUAACUGGUAUCUGCUGGGCAUCGGAAGUGAAGUGGACAUACACACAAUCCAUUACCAUGCAGAGAGCUUUCUGUUCAAAAUAGAUAAGUCCUACCGAGAAGAUGUGUAUGAUCUCUUUCCUGGGACAUUUCAAACCAUUGAGCUGUUUGCUGAUCACCCAGGAACAUGGCUUCUUCACUGCCAUGUGUCCGACCACAUUCAUGCUGGCAUGGAGACCACCUACACUGUCCUCAGGAACAUAGACAACAGGAUUCCAUAUUCUACCAAGACGCCUUCUGGAGCAGGAUCUCACGCAGUCACAGUGCCCUCCCAGGAACAACCUGGCAAGGAAGAGCUCUAUUUCUUUGGCAAGAAUCUGCGUCCAAGAGGAGCCAAGGCAGCCCUGGUCAUCCUUUUCAUCCUGGGACUCCUCCUUCUAGUGGCCACCGUGGUUCUCGCCCUCAGACUCCGAUCUUCAAGGAGGCAGAUGGCUUACAGGGAAGUCCAGUCCUGUGCACUCCCCACGGAUGCUCUGUGAAUGCCCUGACUCCCUGCUCAGCAGGAGCGUGUCAGGUUCCACAACUGGACGCACAGUAGCUAACAGAAACGGGACCGAUGCAUUGUUCACCAAGGAACUUGGACACUGUAUCCUAGAUCAGGCUUCUGGGCCUCUGGAAUGUGUCAUCCAAAGCAAUGUGCUUUAUUUAUUUAUUUUUUAACUGGCUGUGAAUGAUUCUCAGGUAUAAAACACACGACAAAGGAAAAUGCACUGGAUUGAGAGCUGCUGACCCUCAGUCUGCUGUGAACAACUGGGAGGUUACCCUCUGGAAGAUGUUUUCACUGACUUAAGUCAAACAAUGCUGCCUCAGGUAGCCCAAUGUUCUAGAUGUGUAGCUUCUAGAAAACAUUAGAGUGCCGUGGACAUCUGUCUGUCUGGAGUCACACUGGUGCUAAACACUGUCACAUGAAACUGUGCCCUCAGUUGUUCCAAGGUGGACAAGCUCCCGAGGAGUUUGUGGGAGGUCCAAGUCCAUCUGCACUGAUGGAAGUGGGAUCUCCUGAAUCCUCCGGAGCCCCCCGUAGUUCUCCUGACCUUCCCCCUCUAACGCAGAGAGCCACGCAUUGUUUGUUAUACAUACCAAAGCUAUAUGGUUAUUUAUUUCAUUGCUGCUGAUUUUAAUUCAACCUGUAGGAAUACUUGAAUGUUUACAAUUCACUUCAUGCUACAUUUUACCAUGUGUCUCCUUGGCAAUGCCUGUACUUUCAGAAAUCGACUACGGCAUUUUUUAUUUCAGGCUGCAGGAGGGCUAAAAUCAGUGGAGAAGCAGGCUUGACUUCUUCGUCAUAAGCCAGAGGCUCCCUGUCUCUGCCAGAAUCUCGACUCUCACUUUUCAUUCAUUUAGGGGGCAUUUUUCCACAUCUGCAUCUUCUAUGAAAGUUAUGAUUUCAUCAUAUGAGGGGUAGCAGGAGGCAUAUAUCAAUGCAACUGAUUGACAAGGAGGAGAAAGGACCUUUAAAAUCCUGCAUUCUCUGCUUGUUAAAGACAAGACCUCUGGCGGGGGUGGGGGCAGCUAGAAAAGAGUAGUCCUGGUAUUUUUUAAACCAUUAAAUCAGUGUUAGAAAUUAGAAAUAUAGCUGCCAAGACACACACAAAUAUAAAAUGCUUAACAACAGAACUAAACCUGUAAGAACACAAUGCACCCUCUCCUUAGGCUCCCUAGACAUUAGAGGUAAGAUUGAUAAAAGCAACAUUGUUUAUUAUAGACUGGGAAUUCUACCUUAGCUCAGGGCAAGCUGCCCUGGGAUGCUGUUGCCAGACACAUGACGUUAGAGCACUGCCUUUGUGGUGGGUCACUUGAAUGUCCAGGUGAACAAGUAGGACCUAAUAAAUACUCUGGUGAAGGGAUCUUUCAUGCUUUUAAACAUUAUUAUUAUUAUUACUGGUGAGGGGAAAUUGAUAGAAGCCAUAGUCUUAGGUAAAAUGAUGCAACCACUAAUAGUUGUUUGUAGUUUGCUUGACCGCAUCGUCAAACAGUGGACACAAAUGACUCUGAAUUCCAGCCUGCUAACUACUGACAGUGUGAUUGCGUGGCUUAUUGAACUACCUGCUCUGUGGCGUUCAUACGUGGGAGGCUGCACAAUUGCACAGAAGCAGGGCAAGCAUCCAUUACUUAUCCUUAGUAUGUCAAAGACUGUUUAGUUAUAAAAGGUUUUUUGCCCUUUUUCAUUUAGUUUUUUUUUUUAAUGGAAACAAACCACAAGUAGUUUUGUUUCACUAUUUCUCUUUUUAAUAAAGUUUCACACAUGGCAAUUUA